CACACUCAACCCUUGCUUCACUCUGGGAUUAUCACAGAACUGGGUAUCGGUGUGAGGACAAAGACCUGGAAGGCGGCAGUAUGAGCGACGCAGGGCUGGAGAGAUUCUCUGGGGUUGUAGAACAAAAGGCGGUACAUUAAGGUGCAGAUAAAUGUUCCCAGACAUGGAAGAAAAGAAAAACUCCUUAAAACUGAGCCAAAACAAACAGCCGGUGAAAACAGAAUGGGGGGCACAAUAUGUGGUAUUUUCUUAUUUCCAAGGAGACAUUAACACUGUGGUAGAUGAACACUUCUCCAGAGCUUUGAGUGCUGCUAAAAAUCCACAGGAUUUGAGUAGGAAGAAUAAGAGUGAGGAUGCCAUCCUCAAAAAUGACAGCCACUUGACUCCACAGCAAUGGAAUUUCUCAUCUCCCUGGCCUAAACCGUACCAAACAUCCCCUCCUUUAAACCUCUCCAGCUCUGACCUACAUGCGGCGGCUCCUGUGGCGACAGACCCCUUCCACCCCGCUCUUCUGCAAGGCAUUCCUCGCCCGGGUUCAGAUCUAUGGCAUUUGCCUUCAGGGAGUCAUCCCAGUUUGACUGUUCCUUCGGAAUAUUCUUCCUCUGUGCCUGACCUGCACAUGGCACAUGGAGCCACAUCAGAUGGGAAAUAUGGUUCUCUGCUAGGUCUUUUGCAACAGGAAAGGUGUCUGCCGUCUGGGCAAGAGUCUUCAGAUUCCAACGCAGCUUGUCUUUCUGGCUCGGCAAGAUUACAAAACAUGAGCCACAAUUUAACUUCUGGGGGAGGUAUCCAGGCUAGUGAUGGGAGAAGAGAUUUGUACUUUUAGAAAAUGGACAUGUUUGCCUAUUAAUUCUUCCCAGUGAAUUUUUUAAAAAAUCUGUGAUUACGAGAAACUGAAGAACAUCUGUGAGUCCUCCUCCCCCUCAGCCACCUACUAGUUCCAAGAGUUCAUAUGAUUUUUAUGUGUAUACACAGACAAUGACAUUCUCAUAUAGCGCACACUUUAUUGUCUUGUCGCUUUCUUAUUGCAUGAUUCAUGCAUGUUAAAACUCUCCAUCUGGAAGGAGCACAUUUCCUACUUUAUGUCUGAGGUGACAAAUAACUUUAUGUCUGAGGUGGUAUAUAAAUGAAAAGACAAACAUAGGCAAGGAAUUUGCAAGAUCUUCUCUCGAAGCAAGCAGUUUAACUGGAACGAAUAGGAAAAUAGGCAUAUGCCAGUAAUGUCAACUAGUUUGCAUAGGAAUUUAGAUUUUCUGGUUUCAGAAACUGGAGCUCUUUUUUUGUUCCCAUCUUUUCAGUACCACCAGCAAGACUGCACAUUUCUGCUUUGCUAGGAGUGAGGAAGAGAUUAUUCCUUGGUUUUUUUCACAUUAACAGCUAGCAUGAGCAGAAAAUAGAGCUUCUUGGAGGUCCUCCUCAAGGGAAAAACAACACUUUGAGACAUUGAGGGUGAUACUGUAUUGCUGGUGGUGACUCAGUUCCCCUGAGCUCCAUGUGUUUUUCUUUCAUGAGUGAAGACAAAAUAUUGUGUUCUAUCGAGCAGCCACCAUCUGGUGUUUCAGUUAUUUUUCUAUCAAUUCUUUUUGAAAAUGACAGUCUCACAUUGCUGCAUAGCCCAUUUUUUUCUGAUGUCAUUUAUCCUAACCUAAUUCACAAAAAGGUGAAUUAACCCUAUCAUCAGAGUUGGGAGAAGAUCCCAAUGUUACAUUUGUGUUCUUCUCUAUGAGGCAGGAUAGCCUUUAUCAAAAGUUGCGAUGGUCAAUUGCUUGGCAGGUGCAUCCAAAAUUCAAGACAGUGGUGGCAGUGGUGGCGAACCUAUAGCAUGGGUGCCAGAGGUGGCACUCAGAGCCCUCUCUGUGGGCACUUGCACACAGAGUUCAUCAUGCGGGAGAGGGGUGGAA